AAAAGGAGCGGACCUGCACAGGUCCCUCUCACUGUGACGAUGCGGGUCAUGCAGGAGAGUCUGUGGGUCCUACCUCUGGCACUACUGGGGCUGUUAAAGCCAUGGGCUGCAGGCGACUCACUCAGUCAGGUGUGUGACCCAUCCAAAGAUGGCACCAUCUAUAACUACAAAGCUAAGACCCUGAAUGGGAGUCGUUCAGUCUCCCUCAGUGAGUACAUGGGGAAGACCGUCCUCUUUGUCAACGUAGCCACUUACUGAGGACUCACCUUCCAGUACCUGGAGUUGAAUGCACUACACGAGGAGAUGAAGGAUUAUGGGUUCACCAUUCUCGGGUUCCCCUCCAAUCAGUUUGGAAAACAGGAGCCAGGAGAGAAUCAUGAGAUUCUGGCCACUCUAAAGCAUGUCCGACCAGGAAAUGGUUUCGUUCCAAACUUCCUGCUAUUCCAGAGGGGGGAUGUGAACGGAGACACAGAACAAGGAGUCUACACCUUCCUCAAAAACUCCUGCCCACCAGUAGGGGACAGCUUUGGGAACCCCACCAACAGGCUGUUCUGGGAGCCCCUGAAGAUGAACGACAUCAAGUGGAACUUUGAGAAGUUCCUGGUCGGACCAGACGGAAAGCCUGUGAUGAGGUGGUUCCCCCGGGUCACAGUGUCCGAGGUUCGGAUGGACAUCAUCAAAUACUUCAGUCAACUCUUCUCCCAGUCCACCCAGCAGAACAUCGACUAAGGCGUCCCAAAUGACACCCUAUUCCCUAUGUAGUGCGUUACUGGAAAUUCUCCAAUUGACCAGGGCCUAAAAGGUUCUGGUCAAAGGUUAUGCAUUAUAUAGGAAUAGGGUGUCAUUUGGGACAGCCUGUGUUGUCAUCAGGGCUGGGGUCAAUUCCAUUUCAGUUGAGUAAAUUCCUGAAUUGAAAUGGAAUUCAUCCCAACCCUGAUAGGCUGAAUUUGAACAUUCUACAGAUGUAUUAGAUUGACCCUUUAGAUACAUGAAAACACAGUGGAACGGUUUCCAGGAUUCAGAUUAAGCUUCUUUCUGGACUAAAAAGCACUUCCAAUGGAAAUUCUCAGAUGAGCAUGCUUUAAUUUUAUUUCAGGAGUAGGCUUAAUCUGUAUCAGGGAAACCAACACUUUUUCCAUUCUUAAAAAAAAAAAAAUAAUGUCCCCUUGUAAAAAAAACUCAAUACAAACCAUGUGUAGAGUAGAACUUCUCGAAACCAGCUGAAAGAAGAAAUGUAAAUCAGUUGAAAUGAACGGUUGUCUGUGGUGGUACAGGGUAAGGGGUUGCUGGUCAUAAGGAGGUGGCAUGUCGUAUGAAGGCGAGGCUUGAAAACAGUGAUUCUGUGGUGCCAAGCCUGAGUCUAGGGUCCAGGCCAGUCCUUCAGUGCAUUCAGGCUGGGCCUGGUAACCCUGGGAGCCCUGCUACCUCCUGGUCCUACUACCCAGAUCAGACGCCUGUUACCCAACUGCUGCUGCCCGACUCAUUCAUGUCAAUAAAUCACGUCAAUGCAA